AUGGAGCUUCAGGACAAGAUUGCGGUGGUUACCGGCGCGGGGCGCGGCAUGGGCCGGGCCAUCUCGCUGCAACUGGCGGACGCGGGGGCCAACGUGGCCGUGGCGGACAUCAACGCCGAGAACGUGGAGGAAACCAGCGUCGCCGUGAAAGCGCUGGGCCGGGAGUGCCUGCCCAUCCACGCGGACAUGGGCAGCGUUUCGGACAUCGACCGGAUGAUCGGGCAGGCCAAGGACGCCUUCGGGCGCAUCGACAUCAUCGUCAACAACGCCGGCAUCACCCGCUACCUGUACGUGAUGGACGUGGAGGAGGAGGACUGGGACCGGAUCCACCGGGUGAACGCCAAGGGCGUGUUCUUCGGCAUGCAGCGCGCCGCGCGGGAGAUGAUCGCGCAGGGCGACGGCGGGCGGAUUGUGAACAUCGCUUCAAUCGCGGGCAAGGGGUACUCGGGGACGUCGAACGCUGCGUAUGCGGCGAGCAAGGGCGCGGUGCUGUCGAUGACCAUGAUCGCGGCGCACCAGCUGGGGCAGCACGACAUCAACGUGAAUGCCAUCUGUCCCGGGUCGACGCUGACGGAGAUGGCCGCCGAGACCAUGCAGGGGCGGGCCGAUACAUCGGGUCAGAGCAUUGCCGAGCUGGAGCAGCUUCGCGACUCGCGAAUUCCGAUUGGCCGCCCCAACACGCCGGAGGACAUUGCGGCCAUGGCCCGCUUCCUGUCAGGCCCGGGCGCGCGCAACAUCACGGGGCAGGCGUUCAACGUCGACGGCGGGCUGGUAAUGCACUAG